CAGCCGUACGACACCUCCUACAAAUAAUUUAAUUUGUUUAAACAAACUAGACUAAUGCCGGACUAAUUGAGAAAAUGGGUUCUGAAAGCGAGGAGUUCCUGAUAGAGGACUCGGACGAGUCUCUCUUGGAUUUGAAAGAAAUCAAUGAUUUGGAGUUUGAGAUACCGGAAGCCACUCUUCCGUCGCUGGAGAGGGUCUUAUGGGACAUGGAAUCAGAAGAGGGAAGCGACAGCGCUUCUUUAUAUUCAUUUCAAAGCAUGACUGCCAGAUUUCGAUCAAUGCUUUUCCACUGCGUCUUGCAGGGGGUGUCGAACCAAUUAUCCUCAGCCUCGGACAGAGUUAGAGCAGGUCUGCCGACUGUAAUAACCAACAGUUUGAAGUAUGUCGCCAUUGGAACAUCACACGGAUAUAUUUUGGCAUUUGAUUCUGAACAGAACCUGUGUUGGUGCCACCAUGACCCUAACUCGUCAGAUGAAGGGGCUAUAUCUGCUUUAGCAUUUAAUUUGGAAUCAACCAGGCUUCUCGUUGGUUAUGAGAGAGGUUACAUUUCGAUGCUUGACACUAAAAAUGGGGAUAUUUUACGAAGACUGCCAGACGCGCACGCGCCUCAAACUGCGGUCCUACACCUCCGCUUCUCGUUCCUAAGUAACCUCGCGUUAUGCGGCGACUCAUCGGGCUGCGUCUUUUCAGUGUCCUUCAAUAGGCGACUCGGUGUCCGCUCAUGGGAUUCCAAAUGCCUGUUUUCGGGGGCGCGUGGUGAGGUCUGCGUUUUCGAGCCCCUCACUCAAGGCCACGAUAUCGGUUUUCUUAGUCGUCACGUCAUUGUCGCCAUGGCCACCUUAUCUAAGGUUAUCGUUAUAUCGGUGAGGCCCCGCCUUAAGGUACACUUUAGUCAACAGUUACCAAGGAUAUCAACGUCGCUACCGUUGAUAUCUUGGCAGCUCGUCUCCGUCGGGAAAGUUUUUCAACCUGUAUUGGCGUGGGGCCGCGGCACUUCCUUGUUUUACACGAAACUCGUCGCGCACAACGGCCAAGUUAGACUCAUUCCUUUACGCAACGUCGAACUAACCUACAACAUAACUUCACUCCAUUGGCUCGGUCCGAGACACCUGGCCCUACUGGACGAUCAGGAAAACCUGCGGCUGGUGGAGGUCAGGACCCAAAGGGAGUUGGAAGUACUGGAACUGUCCAGCGCCGGCCUCGUAUAUAGUUCCGCCCACUUCAAGGCACUCGCCGUAGGCGGUGGUGUUAGCGAAGCUUUCGCGUUGGCCGGCGAGAGGGCGUGCUACAACAGCCUGUCGAGUCGCGGCAGCCAGUUGUUGAUUUUAGGUACUAGCGCCGUGCACAUGGUUAAGAUGCGCACGUGGCCCGAAAGAAUUUUUUACCUGAGCGAUCAGGGUCGGUGGACAGAGGCACUUAACCUCGCGGCAGAAGAAGGUUCGGGCCGCGAAGGCCUCACCAUGCAGCUUCUGCGGAAGUAUUUGAACGGCUUGAACCAGAACAGCGUCGACAAAGACAGCCUCACGGCCGCCGUCAACUGUUGCGUCAAGCUCGGCAAACGGGAUAUUUUGUGCGAGGAUCUUUUGGAGGCCGUGUCCACCGACUCGCACAACCUGGAAUGGUAUUACGCGUUGCUGUCCGAUCAUAUAUGCGCGGGAACGCUGAAAGAGCUCGCGCCGACCGUGUCGCAGAUGCUGGUGCGUUACCUGGCCGAUAAAGACCAUCAGCUUCUCGAGAGGGUGCUCCUCUCUCUGGACAUCGGCUGUCUCGACUUGCACCAGGCGCUGAAGCUGUGCAAGAAGCUCGGACUGUACAACGCCUGGAUACACAUCACGACCAAAACGCUAGGAGACUACACGAGUCCGUUGAUAGAAUUCUUAGCCGAUCUCACGCCGACCAACAACAGGUUAGGGAACACAAUGUUGGUGUAUGUGUCGUCGUGCUUGGCGGGUCUGGGCUACCCCACCGGCAAUAUACCGGAAACUGAAGUGGCGAGGGUUAAGCACGAUAUACUCCGGUGUCUCGAGACCGUCCACUCGAUAAACGGUAAAGCGGAUGAACCGAUUUAUCCCUACCUGAGGGCGCUCCUACGGUACAACAUCAGGGAGUGCCUGAACGUCAUCGAGCUGGCAUUCACGGAGGACGAGUUCGCGGGCGAGAUGGGGCUGCUGCAGCGCCAACGACUAGUGCAGAUCCUCUCCCAAGUCGUCGCGGUGCCCGAUUUCAGCGAAGGGGAAGUGAUCGUAUUGGCGUGCUUUGUGGCCCGACUGGUCGUGCAGGAGAGGCUUCGUAUCGACGACGCGUUGUUGAACGUCGCGAUCCAUCGCCUAACGACGACAGAGGCGGAAGGUCUCAACUUCCGCGACCAGGCGGAACGCGAACAGGCGUGGCUCGAUUUGUUACGGGCGGGGAAACUCGUGCGUAUCGAUUCGGACCGAAUGCUCGAGAUGGCGCUCGCGUCUAAAUGUUACCGGGUAGCGGAACGGCUCUACGAACUACGUCGCGAUUAUCGUCACGUGUUGCGGUGUUACGUCAACGAUCCCACGCGCAAGCUCGAAGCGUUCGGUUACGUCGCGAGUUACGUGAACGUGCCAGAAAGGCGCGUGCGCGAACAGUUUUUCGAAUGUUUCGAAGAUUUGGCGCGGACGAGCGAGGAGAACGCGGCCGAGAUCGCGAUCGAACAUUUUUCCGAUAGUAUCGAACAAUUGGCGUCGAUCUUGGACGGCCGCGGAGACUUGCAGUAUCGAUUUUUGAGCGAGGUGGUGGCGGGCGACGCGAAAUUGCCACCGCCCCUCGCGGAAAAGUAUCUCGGACAGCUGUGCGUCAGGGAUAGUGGCGCGGUAUACAGUUACGUGCAGCUAGGUAUGUGUCGGACGAAAGAGGCGUUGCAGAUAACGGAAAAGUACGGGGUUCACAGAGCGACGGCAUUGCUCCUGGAACAAUCUGGAGAGUGGCUCGAAGCACUCGAGCUGCUCAUCAAUCACGAAAUGAUCGAGGAAGGGGCUGCCCUGUGCGUACGCGGGGCAGAGCACCUCGACCACGAAAGUGCGCAGCAGCUGUGGCUCGCCCUGCUCCAGAGUAAGAGGAACGUCCCAAACGCCUAUCUGAGACAACUAAUCAACGCGGCGGCUCCCCACGUACCGCCCGACCAGCUCCUGGACCUCGUUUCCGACGCGCGGUUCGGUGACGUUAGGGAACUGCUUCGGGGAAUGCUCGCCGAUUAUCACCGCGAUGUGGACUUGCUCAAGGCGAGCUUGACCAUUGCCGGCAAAGACUUCCAUCACAAACUCGCCAAGAUGCUCCAUGGCAACGGAAAAGGUUUGUCGGUGUCGAACCUUACCUGCGGCCUGUGCGGCAAAUCGCUUUCGCAUAGGAGAGAGGCGGAGACGAACGGCACCGUAAUCGGCGUAUGGGCGUGCGGUCACUCCUAUCACGACUCGUGUCUGAGGUCGUCGGAAACAAAGGACGCGUGUCCGGAGUGCCAUUCGAGGGCCGUGCGGUGGCCCGAGAUACGGACACGUCCCGGUCACCGCCCAACCCGAGCCAAAACCUCCCUAAGACCCGACCUCGAGGGUCUCUUUUAAGGUUACACCACACUAGUCGUCCCGGCU